AUGGAGAAUAUUGUUAUUAAAGAUGAGACCGGUAGAGCAAUAGCAGUCCUUUUCUUGGAGAACAAAGUCAAAGAACGUUCACUAUUAGAUAUACGCUUCGAGAUGAUGGAACAGAUAUGUGAAUUCUUGCCUACACCGAAUUUUCAUUUUGUUAGUGUUUGGGGAGUCCCUGUGAGCGCUGUACAGGAAGAAAAAAACACAUUAGUAGAUGCUUUAGACGAUGAAGGUUGUUUGGUUAUUAGACCAUCAAAUGUACCUGUGAAUUUACCAAAUGGAAAUCCUUCAAAAGAAACCAAAACGCCGAAGCAGGACGACAGAAGGGCAGAAGAACCAGAAGUAAGCGAACUAGCCGCUGAAAGCUUUGGUGAACCAGAACUUUCUGAUGCAGUAACCUUGGUAAAACCCGAGAUAAAACCAGCAAAGAAAGCAAAACUACAAAGCACGCUGACGACAUACUUUGGUGUGUCAAGUAAGCCAAAAUUGAUGUGUCCCACCGCGUCUGCAAGAAAGGUUCAUGUCUUUUCUGAGCGUGAGAUAGAACAAGCCACGGGUAUCGAAAAGCAAAGAAAACUGUUUUGGAAUGAAAAGGCGGAGGAGUUGUGUAAAAAUGAGUGUUACGAUGACUGGAAAGCAGGGAAAAUCAGUCAAUUACUGCACGAAAAGUGGAAGCUAAGUAAAGCUUGUUUGGUAGAGAACGAACACGUGGAGAUCAGUAACAAAAUAGACGACAUACUAUCCGGGGAUCCAGAUUUAGUUACAAAAAUAUCCAGUUCAAGAAAAGUUAAAAGUAAAACAGUACAAAAAAAUCUCGAACGCAUUGAAAAGGCAAAAAAAGCAUUGGAAAAAAGUCGCCUAAAUUUACCUGAAAUGAAUGGCAAUAAAGACAAGUGUGGACACGAAAAGAUGCAAAGGAAACAAGAAGCUCAUCGUAAACAUUAUAAAGAACUGCAUAAAGCAGAAGACGCGUUAAGACAAAAUUUGGGAUGCAAGAAAAAAUUUUUGUCAAAACUCAAAACAGAACUUAAUGAAUAACUUAAUACUGUAAUUAACUAUUUCUGGGACAAAGUGCAGUCAAAUUUACAAGUUACAACCAUACCAACACAGCUGACUUACCCUGGAUUCCAGAGCCUUCGACAGUAAAUAAUAAAUUGAAAUGUCGCGAAGGCUCUGGUUCAACGCCCGGGGCGAUUCUUUGAUUAAGCCGCGCC